CCAGCAUCUACAGCAAGAUCCAUCCAACACUUAGCCGAAAACACACGGGUUUUGCGCAUUUCCUCCGCUUCAUACCCAUCGAGGGUGAGACGAAAUGUCCGAACCAAUCCCCGAAGCCAUCCCCACCUCCGCAGACCCUCGCUCGCGGCGGCCCAUCAAGCGUGCCCGCGGCGCCAACACGGCGCGAGCUACACAAGCCCACGAAGUCGAGACGCUAUUCCUCGACCCCGAACGACCGAUCAGCAUCCCUCCGCCUUCCAGCGAAACCGACAAGCGCACAACCCUCGCCGCACCGCCCGAGAUCGUCGCGAACGUGCAGGGUUCGUCUGCCGGUGCCGGAUCCGGGGAAUUCCACGUCUACAAGGCCAGUCGACGGCGCGAGUAUGAGCGGCUACGGCUGAUGGACGAGGAAGCCAAAAAGGAAGAGGAGAAUGCGAAGUGGGAGAGGGAAGAAAGAGAACGGCGCGAAAGGGACGAGGAGAAGACGAGGAAGAACCGCGAGAAGAGGAAUAAAAAGAAGGGAAAGAAGUCUGCCACGACGGAGAAACGUGGUGAUGCGAAGGUGGAGGUCGAUGGAGAGAGGGAUAAACCGCAAGAUACUACCGACGGCUCGAAACAGCAGCAGCAGCAGUCUGGAGGAUUGCAGAUACCGCGGCCGGGGAGUAGGGAUGAACAAGACCAAGGAAGUGAUUUCGGAGUCGCCGAGGUCGUUCAAGAAAUUGGCAUCACGAUUCACGAGGACGAUUGAAAUACCCUUUGUUCAUCGUCUCACGCGCCGGGCGAAUCCCGCUGUACGGAGUACAACAUGGGCACAUUUGCUGAAGCAGGCCGAGCCAAGGGCCAGAAACAACCCCCAUGUUACUGCAAAUCGACCAACGCUCCAACUGGAUGAGCAGAAAUUUCGUCUUCUGAGAGAGUGAGAGAGCUACACCGCGCACUCUUCAAUAUUUGUACAACUAGAUUUUAUCAAGAUACCCAUGACACCACCACCUACAUUUCCAUC